AUGAAACCAUCUCCUCUCUUGAAAGGUGUCACUACCCGAAGAGUCAUCAUCUCUUUGAGGUCCAGAUUUGCUUCUCAUUCUUGUGUGAACGAGACCAGCCAAUUUCAAAAAGGAAAUAUGGUGACAAUAUCUAAAAAAGGGAACAUUGCUUGGAUUAUGGACAUUGUGAGGGAAGGAAGAAGAGAGUAUUCUGUACAUCCAUCUCAUUCUAAUGGAAAGACUUCAGAAGUACCAGAACAAACCAUGUUAAGAACGGAAUUAAUUCCUGUCACAUUGAAUUGCAUUAAAUACAAGUAUGAAAACAAAAUUCCACUGACCAUGCUUACUGCCACAGACUAUCCUUCAGCAAGUGUUAUUGACCAAACUAAUUGUGACAUGAUUUUAGUUGGAGACUCAUUGUCCAUGACUGCUUUGGGACAUUCCAAUACAACAAGUGUCACAAUGGAUGAAAUGAUUCAUCAUGCAAAAGCAGUUAAGAGAGGGUCCAAGUAUUCCUUUUUAAUUGGAGACAUGCCAUUUGGAUCUUACACCACCGAUGAAAGUGCAGUCCAUAAUGCAGUAAGAUUUAUUAAGGAAGCAGAAAUGCAUGCUGUAAAAUUAGAGGGUGGACAACGAGUGGCAUCAAAAAUUAAGGCAAUUGUAGAUGCAGGAAUUGUAGUAGUGGGACACGUUGGAUUAACACCUCAAUCUUCAAAUCAAUUGGGUGGAUUUCGAGUCGUUGGCUCAAAGAGCUGUGAUGAAGCAAUUCAAGUCUGGAAGGAUGCUCUUGCUGUGAAAGAGGCAGGAGCAAGCUUGAUCGUGUUAGAAUGUGUUCCUCAAAAAUUAGCUUCUUUAAUUACAAAAGAGCUUGGAAUUCCUGUGAUUGGAAUUGGAAGUGGAUUGUGUUCAGGACAAGUCUUGGUGUAUCAUGAUAUUUUAGGAUUGUACAGCAAAUUUACUCCAAAAUUUUGUAAAAAGUAUUUGGACUUGAAUCCCACGUUGAUCAAUGCAUGUGAACAAUACGUUCGAGAUGUGACUGUUCAAGAAUUCCCAGAAAAAUCUCACACAUUUGUGAUUAAGGAAGAUGUCUACAAAUAUGUUUCUGAAUACAUUGAAAAAGAGGCAAAAGAGCUUCGAGAAAAGAAUCCAGUUUAUCCUCAUCCCAUUCUAAAGAAGAAAGAUGAGAUCAAUACCAUGCCUCAACCAACCUUCUCGAUGGGAACAAGGAGAGUGGUAGUAUUAGGAAGUGGUUCUGUUGGAUCCUUAAUUGCCACGUGCUUACAACACUGUGAAGAAAACCAAAUUCGUAUGGUAAAUGGUCGUACGAAUUGCACACUUACAACCUCGAAUGUGCUUGUGGAGCGAACGGUCAAGGAAAAUGAACACUCUCCGAGCACACUUAUCGCAUCGAGUACGGUUCGAUAUUUAACUUUAGAUCAGCUUCAACACGAGUGGAACAAUGAGAUUGAUCUCUUAAUUGUUGCUGUGAAAACUCAUUCUACUUUGGAAGCGAUUCAGAAUUUCAUGAAAACUUUCCCAACCUUAAACACAUUCGAAACGUGUGGAGUGAAACGAAGAAUAGAAGAACAUGACAAGAAGGACUCUCCUAACAAGAUUAUUUUGGAGCAAUCGGUGUCACCAACCAUUUCCAUUAGCUUACCUAAAAUUCUAUCAGGAACAGAAUUAGGAAAAUUAUUUAGCGACAAUUCACAAUUUCAUGUCGCUUCUCACCUCUCUCCAACUCUGAUCAAUGGAGAAGAAGUUUACGUGGAUUGGAUGAAACUUAUUGUCAACUCGACCGUUAAUCCUGUGGCUUCACUUUUUCAAAUUGAAAACGGAGGUCUUAGCCACAAUUCUCACCUACAACAAGUGAUGAAGCAAUUAAUUCGAGAACAAUUAGAUAUUCUCAAGCUAAUUCCUGGCGCAAUUCAUUCUCUUGGUGUAACAUGUCAAGAAUUGAAAGAGAAAUCUUUUGAAGAGUGUAUAUUUUCAAAGGUGAUGCAAGUAAUUGAGAAAACAAAAACCAAUACUUGCAGCAUGUAUCAUGAUGUCAGAAAUGGAACCUUGACUGAAGUUGAUCAUCUAAAUGGUGCCUUUGUGGAAUUGGCAAAACGUUUAAAUCUUCCUCCAAGUUCUUAUUCUGUAAAUAGUAUGAUCAGUGAAAUUGUUAAGGCAAAGUCAACACAUGUGAAUAAUCAAUGUAAAUAA